AUGGCUAAUAGUCGCGGAAUGACUAAUGACAGUGCGGAAGAUGCCUCUAACGACAUCACUAAACCUGAGACAAAGGAGAUCCACGUGAAGGAUGGGGACAGAUAUGUAAUCUCGUGCCCUAUUCGAGGUACUGCUCAUUCGCCAAUCUCCUGGUUCCGUCUCCCGACUGAGAGUGAUAAUGCUACCGAUUUAAUUCAAUCUGCACUUUCCCCUACAGCUUUUAUGGCCUUCGGAACGGCCUCUGGUUGGCUGGCCUACCAUGCAACUCAAGUAAAUCUCACCACUUUACUGAAGCAAUCUCGGGGUCGAAUAUCUAUUGAUCCAGCCUACCAUCUAAUCUACGCAGAAGCUAGAUCCUCCCUAGACUGUUCCUAUGAAAAAGGUGAUAAAUUUUUCAGAAAACCUUCCUUCCGUUUGGCAUGUGUACAUGGCGAUGCCCGUGGAAGUAAUAUCAAGUGGUCCGAUUGGUCAGGGGUGAUUAUUGUCAAAGCUCUAGUCAGGUGGACGCAUCUUGAAGCGCUCACAGGGUUCAGUACUGCAACGGCAAUUCUUAUGCCUGCAUUGCUAGCUGUUCUUACCAUUGCUUUAUCGAUCAAGUGCUUGAUGGAUGAGAGGAAAUCAAAGCUUAAGGCCGCUGCGGUGGGAAGAACACAAAGGCCAAAUAUGUAA